ACAGAAAAAAGUUAUUCACUAAUCACUACUUCAGGAAAAUUAAAGUUGAAUCGGUUAACUUGGUUCAAUCAAAACAGAGAGAUUAAUUAGUGGCCAUUCAACUUCAACCCCGUUCAUGAAAUUUGAAUCAAGAAUUCAUGACUUUGUGGGUUGAUAAAGGCCAUUACUCUUUCUGUCCUCAACUCUAGAUAGGAAUUAGUACAAGCUUUCCCUAUCGUCAACUCUAUUCGACAAAAAGGAAUUACUGAAAGCUUGCAUGUCCAGAGAAUGCUUAAUCAUGAAGAGGAACACUUUCGUCUACACAUUCAAGUUGACUCAACUUGUUCUUAUGGCAUUGAUAACGAUGAUAGUAUUUUUACGAACUGAUAUGCCUAAGGAAACAGUAGACGACGGAGGGAUUUUUAUGGGUGCCUUGUUCUUCACCCUCGUGAUGAUAAUGAUCAAUGGGUACUUAGAAAUUUCACUGACAGUCAUGAAACUUCCCGUCUUCUACAAGCAAAGGGACUUUCUCUUUUUUCCUGCUUUGGCAUACGCUUUACCCACAUGGUUCCUCAAGAUCCCAGUAACAUUCGUGGAAGUUGGUGCCUGGGUUUUCCUAACUUAUUAUGUUAUAGGCUUUUCAUAAAUUUAAGUAUCAAUUUUCAUAAAUUUGGAUAAAGAAAAUAGAAGAAGGCAAAUUAAGUAAUAUCAUCUAAUUUUGAGAAAAUA